GACACGUCACAUCAUAUCCAGUAUAAUACAUAAAAUAGAAUUACAACCACACACUAUAGAUUGUAGUUACUAUUCUGCUCUACAAUUGUUAUUUAUCGGUAAUAAGAUCGAAUUUUACCAGAAAAUAUAUUUCUAAACUAUGAAAUUAUCUAGUCCAAAAUUUACAGCAAUGUGCUAUCUAAUAGACACUGGUACACACAAGCAAUCAUCAUGAAUAAAAGUCCUUCUAUUAAUAAAACAAUUUAAUAAUAUCGAAUACUUGAUGAAGAAAUCGCGAAAAGCUUUUCGAAAAAAAAAAUUGAUGUAUUAUGUACGAUACAUAUAUGUACGUCGCUCCAUCUUUCGUUUCUUUCAUCCAAUUGAUCGCAAGAAACAAACCAAUGAAGUAUUUUUCUUUUCCUGUCGAUAAAAAUAUCGACGAAUAAUACGAGAACGAGUAUAGCGAUAAACGGAAAAAUGUUUUUUUUUGUUCUUCUUUCUUGUUCCUCUUCAUACCAAGAAGACCUUGUUCGCUAAUAAUGUUUUUUUUCUCUUCCUCUCCACAUACCCGUCCUUCAUUAAAAUAAUAACGAAAUAUAAAUAGAAAGAUGUUGUCAUCUUCCUGUCAUCACGAAUAGUUGAAAUUCAAAGCAAUGCGCACAAUAAGAAAAAACCUAAAUUAACACGUGAAAGAUUAGGAAAGAUGAAUUUAAAAAUGUUUAGCACUUUAUUAGAAGAAAAAUAAAAUUUGUUGAUAUUUUUUUUUGCAUACUCUUCAUAAAGAUCUAAUGAAAGGCAAUAUUUUUUGAAGUGUUUUUGGAUUGAGAUUUGGAUUUGCCCUUUCGGAGGAAAUCCAAGCAUCAAAUCGAGCCGGAAAGGUGUUCAUUCGAUAGAGCUCGUCGAGUUCUAUCUUGGUAUGCCCUUUUCGCCGUUUGGUAUAACCUACAGACGAAUCCAGUUACGGAAUAGUCGAAUCCAGCUCCAAGAUAUCCUACAUCUGAAAAUUUUCGUAUUUUGAUCAGUAAAAUGGCUGAAAAAUAACAAUAAAGUAAAGAUUUAAUGAGUUUGGUUCGAUUUAGGUGAUUUAUACCUCCGAAGUUUGAAAUGGUGGCGGACACCCCCUUCUAAAGUUUGAAGGAUCGGGCCAUCCUUGUGCAGAAACAACUCUUUCUUUAAUUUAUGAUAUAUGAAUUAUUAUUAAGUAACAAGUAAAAUCUAUACGAAUUCCGAUAUAACAGAGUAAUGGAAAUAAUUCAUUCUUAUUUCAAGGUGUUUCAAUUUACAGCGAUUAUAGAAAUUGUAGAUAUUGCAACAUUUUAUUUCACGAUUUUUAACAAAAUAUAUCUUUAUUCAAUAGCGCCAGUAGAUAUCAAUUAAUCAUUUAUGUUCCUAUUGGUCAUCAACAAUCAUUGUCUACACCGUUCUUUGUUUCUCUGCCUCGUAAUUAUUAUUAUUAAGGGAACGGACAGUCGUUGCUUCAUUCAUUUAUUAAAUAGAUAGAUUGCAGUCAAUUGAUAAUGACAAAGAUAUUGUCUGCAUAAUCCUUAUGCAAGGUAGGGUAGGGUAGGUUAAGGGUAAGCAUGUCGCAGGGUAGGAUAGGGUAAGAAGAUUUUUCUCAGUCAGCUUACAAAGAGCUCACCCUGUAUAUCUCUACUGUGAUACUAUUUGUGCCAUUGAUCACUUUUAGAGUCUUCCAAUUAGGAUAAUAUUAAGGAAAAGCGAGAUAAAAAAAGUUCGUAGGAUAAGGCAAGUAUAUCCAGUUAGACUGUCCAUCUUAUGUUGCGUAACUUGAGGUGCAUACGUGAGCUGAAAUAGGGUUGUCAUAAAUAGAUUCAAAAGGAUAAAACCAGGUUUUCAGAAAUCCCAACUCAUAUGGAAAGAGUGGGUAACCAGUUCUCGCUCGCAUAAAAUAGUUGAACGGUCAAUAUCAAUUCAGUUAGUGGAUAUGGAACUGUCACAUAGCUAUGCUAAACCGUUUUUAUGUAUAAUAAAAACGAUUCAAAUAUGUUUCAUUUUAUAAUUCUACAUGAUUUUUUUUAUUUAGAAAGAAAAUUAGAUUAACAAAAGAAGCAAACAGUAGUAAAUAUUUUCUAUUUUCUGUAGAUUUUCUAUAAAUAAAGUAACUAUUUGAUACUUUUAUCAAGAUCAUAUUGGUGAUAGAAUUAAGUGGUAAGAAUUUUCGAUGAUUUUGAAUCAUUUAAAUGAUUGGAUUUAAUUCAAUAGUGCAAUACAUGUCUCAGAUUCUUCAUCAUCUUUACAACAAAGUACAAACGACGACGACGGCUGCAUGGUUUUUGAGUAUGAAUUAAUAAAUCUAUUUUUAGAAAAUAAUUGAUUUUAUUCUUUUAUAGACCAGCUCGUAAUGUAGCAUCUCAAGUAUCGAUUGAUGAUUGUCGUCGAUUGGAAUUAGCUAAUAUUUUACGUGACAAAGAAAGUCGAGAAGCUGAAAAACUUUUAAUUUUAUUGGCUGGUAUUUGUGAUUAUUUGGAUCAAGGAAAUGCAGAUUCAUUAAAACAUGCACUAGAUCAAAUUUGUAAUGGAACAACAAUGGAUAGUGAUUUACGUAUCGACCUUGAACGUUCAUUUUAUCUUUUUGUGAAAGCUGCAAAUAAUGUUCUUUCAUCAAGAAAUUUUCAACCGCCACAUGUUUUAUUUGCACUUGAUAAUGCCAUUCGUCGUAUUGUCGAACAACUUCCCAGGUCGAACAAGCACGGUCAUUUUAUUCCUGCUGUUAAUAAUAUGAUACCAUUGACACGAAAUACUGAUUUACUAACUAGUACGUCAUAUCUACGUACAUUAUCAACUAAUAGUCCUGAUGGAUUGAUAAAUGAUGAAGUAACACGUGUACAUAAACAACAUAGAACACUUGUUGAAAAAAACCCAGAGUAG